AUGGAUAGCACGCAAAUAACAUAUGAUUACUUAAUACCGUCAUUCAUAUCAACGGUAACUCAUCCAAUGACAUAUGCCAGAGCGUUAAUGUUGUUGGGUUAUGAACCAUUUCCACCAGUUCGGCGAUUUUCUUUACGUAAUCUCUUUCAACCUGAAUAUGAAGCAUACUACUACCCAAAUGUCUUCACAUACUGUCAUAAACUUCGACAAGAAGUUGGCCUUUAUAGCAUCUUCACUACUGGUCUUCCUGCUAGUGUUAUCGGAUCAUUUGUUAAAUCCUAUUCCACUGAUAGAAUUAUGGAGCACUUAACUCCAUCCUUUUUUGAAAAGAAGACAUUUUUCGAAACUGAAAGAGGAAUGAAAAAUUUCUUGAUUAGUACCGGUAAGGUUACCGUCGCUCGUGUAGUGGGCACAAUUGUCAGCUAUCCCUUUCAAGUUGUAAUGAUCCGCCAAAUGUCUCAGUUCAUCAACAGAUCGCAUUUAUACGAUUGUAUUUUCGUUGCUUUUCCUAGUAUAUUGAAACAUGAAGGGUUAUUCAGUUUUUUCAGUGGUUUAACACCUAGACUUAUAGGCGAAGUGAUUACCGUUUGGUUGACUGCCUGUCUCGCUUAUUUGUUCAAUAAAUAUAUCUUUACAAACCAAGUAGACCCGUCUCUGAAGAAACAUACACCAUUUGUGACUGGGGUGUUGGUAGCUGGCACUACUCAUGGAUUGACCGUAACUUCGACAGUUAUGGCUGCACGUGAUUCCAGAAUGAACAUUGUGCCUGUAUUCGACAACUGGUGGCAGUGUUACUGCUAUCUCAAUCGAUCUGAUGCCUUUGUCCGAGGAUCAUCUCUGUUUUUCCGACUUAUUGAACAUCUCCUUGAAAGUAACACUUUAAUUGGGUGGAACUUUAAAAUUGUAACACCUGUUUUUUAUCCCCUUAGAAAAAUAAUGUCAAUAGAAGGUGUACUACCAGAGAAGAAUGACCUACCUCCACCAUACUAUCAAAUAAGUCAGGACUAUAUGCAACGUUACAAGCGUAAAAGUGAUUGUGUUUUGAUUUCACUGAUUGCUUCAGGCGUUACAAUGAUGCUUUUUGGUUUCAUUAUUGUCACGAUGGAUAUACCCUUAGACCCUGAUAUAAAUCGAUGGGACGUGAAAAGGCCUUUCUCAAGAUUAUUUUUUACUGAUAGAACUGUUCUGUUAAUUAGCAUGGAUGGCUUCCGGCAUGAUUAUAUAGAAAUGGCUAAAUCUCAUCUUGGCGCUAAUUCAUUGUUGAAUUUCGAUCGUUUAUUAGCUAACGGUGUGCGAGCCAUGGAAUCGAUUAAUGCCUAUCCUACUAUUACCUUACCUAAUCAUCGUACUUUAGUUACCGGUUUAUAUCCAGAGAAUCAUGGAGUUAUUGGAAAUAAUUUGUUGGAUAAAAGCUGGCCUAAUGAAACUUUCAACAUGGAUGAUCAAGAAAGUUUAAAUCAUGCCCCAUGGUUAACUAAUUGGUCUGAGCCGAUAUGGGUUACACUCCAAAAGCAUGGUGGGUACGCUGGUUCAGUUUUAUGGCCUUUAACUGAUCAAUUUGUCGGCAAAGAUUUACCAUUUCAAUAUGUUUCACAGUUCACUUUACUUAAUAAUUAUGGCCAUCGUUAUGCGUAUGAUCAACGAAUCAGAGAUAUUUUAUGGUGGCUGAAAAAUCCUAAAUUUCAUUUGAAUCUCAUCUUGGCGUAUUUCGAUGAACCUGAUGAAACUGGUCAUGAAUAUGGUCCAAAUAGUAAAGAAGUUGCAGAAAUUGUCCAAAGUUUAGAUAAAACAUUCGGUACCCUUCUAGAUGGUAUUGAAAAAUUAGGUCUUACAGAUAAAGUAGACAUCAUUUUAACUGCUGAUCACGGUAUGACUGAAACAUCGAAUAGUCGACUGAUUGGACUGGAUGAUUAUGUGGACAGGUCUUUGUACACGUAUACUCAGUUAUCAACAAUGGGCUUUCUUUAUCCUAAACCUGGAAAGUUUGAACAUGUUUAUCAGCGUUUGAAGAAUGCACAUCCUAAAUUAGAAGUUUAUCGAAGGGAAGAAGUCCCUGCCUAUCUGAAUUUCAAUGUCAGUCACUCUCGUAUGCCACCAUUAGUACUUAUUGCUAAGCCUAGAUGGAAAAUUGUGAAGAAUGCCUCAUUUCCGUACGCGAAAGUUUCUGGUGACCAUGGUUAUGUGACAAAUUUCUCUGAAAUGCAUGCAUUCUUUAUUGCCAGUGGACCUGCUUUUAAAAUUGGUGAAACUGUACCAAGUAUUCAUUCUGUAGACGUCUAUGCAUUAAUGUGUGCACUUCUUAACAUUCCACCAAAUCCUAAUAAUGGUAGUCUAGAGCGUAUAUCAAGUAUACUAAAAUCUGAAGUGUCAAACCAACUUUUUAGAGAAUAUCAGUGGUCAUCUAUGUGGAGGUGGAUUUCAGUUAAUUUACAAACUGUGCUGUUGAUGUCACUUAUAUGCAUUUUGUUUGUUAUCAUCUUAUUAUUUUUUAUUAUGAUUCUGCUACAUCAUAAAUCAACAAAUUUAUCAUCGCCUGGAUCGAAUAAUGAUGAUGUUAGUAAGGAUUUCUCAGAUUUCAACAUAUAA